AUGUUGCUCUUUGUAACUGGAUUAGCUGCUGCUGCUGCUGCUCUAUUUGGGAGGCUAUUUGAAGUCUCUCAACUUCCUAGCUUCUCUCCUCCGAACAUAUCAUAUCCAUACUCCGUCGUCCCGAUGUGGUUAUCGAAUAAGGAACCAGCAGCUGUACCUGUGCUUGGAGAAUCAAAUUUCGACUUUGGGAUGUAUUUUCCACCACAAGGAAACAACUUCUUUCCACUUGUGGCGCCCUACAACGAGCCGCCUCGCCGUCGACCGAAAACACCGCUCUUCAUCCCCUUUACUAGAAAUAAUGCCAUAAUGCGUCAGACAGUUCUCGGAUACAUUGCCAGCGGAUGGCCCAGGGAAGAUAUUGUUAUUAUUGACAACAGCGGAACUGCCGACGCCAACAAUCUAAAUCUCCUGUCAGCGUCGAACCCCUUUUCCCUCGACUACGAUCUAUUUCGUAACAGAUAUGGCGUUUCAAUACUGCAAACAUCUGUUCUUCUUAACUUUGCUCAGUUACAAAACUUCAUGCUGAGAGUGGCAAUGGCCCGUCACUGGCCAUAUUUCUUCUGGAGCCACAUGGACGUUGGAAUUCUGAGCCACGAAGAAGAGACGCCAUACUCGUCGUUUUAUGAACGCGUUCUUAACAUUCUCGAUGAAGCUGAGUCAUCCCGACUAUCCGGCAAAAGCAAAUGGGGAGUCAAGUUCUUCAACUUUGACUUUCUCACUCUGGUCAAUGUGGACGCGUGGCGGCGCAUUGGGGGAUGGGACGUGUUUAUCCCCUAUUAUACUACGGACUGUGACGCCUACGGACGAUUGAAGAUUCAAGGAUAUGAUAUUGAUCGCGUGGGUGCAGGGCAUAUAUGGGAUGUGGCUACCGUCGUGGAAGAUCCCGAAGCCAAGUUUUUCCCGCCUAGUUCUCAGCCGAGGUCUGACAAUGGCGAGACAUCCAACAGUACCACCUCUGAGGAUAACGCGCCAAACUCGGAAAGAUUCAAGGCUCUAAAAGGCGAGCUGCAAAAGAUUCAAGAUGACAAAAACGCUAACGGCCGGAAUAUAUGGCAGAAUAUGCAAAAAGGAGGAAAGGGAGAGCCGUGGACGUAUGAUCCCGCAGGCUUCCAAAUUGCUUGGUGGGAAACGCGGACGUGGGUCGCCGCUGUCGACUUUCCCAACGGAGUGGGCUGA